AUGACUGAAAACAUGAGCAUUAAUCCACAGGAUCCUUACGCUUUUCAGUACCUCCUAGAAAGAGACUUGGGGGCAAUCAGAGGAAAUCAUAGCUUGCGGUGUCCCUUGCUACAUGUCUAUCCACUUUCUUACGAGAAUAGCUUUCCUCGCAGUGCCGAAGGUCUUUUAGACCCCUCGAGUCCACUGUCCGAAAAAUAUCCCCAAUUAAGUCAAGUUUUUCGAGAAAGAUUAGGAGUAGCGUUUAGCAAACGGAAUAACGAGGAAUUUUCGAGGUGUAAUUGCCCGGAUGAUUCAGGUCACAGGUGCGACAGCUCAAUGUUCCAAGACUGGAACCACACUUCUUAUGAAGAGUUCGUCCGGUUGAGUGCGGCGGGGAAGACCACUGCCAAGGUGGUAUGCCUGUGUCCGGACCUUCAAGAGCGAGUGCAGAUAUAUGGAUUCAUAGGCCAAGGAACAUAUGGGGCCACGUUUAUUGCACGCGAGAAAGGCGCUGCUGGUGUUUCCCUGAAAGAUCUUGAACAAUACGCAAUCAAAUCCCAAGUUCAGAAAACAAGGUGGACGGAGACGAAGACCGGAUACUCACCUCAUAUGGUACCAUUUCGUGAACCCACCGGAAUCAAACGAUAUAUACCAGAAGAAGCUCUCCUCUUGAUCUAUCUCGACGAUAGCAACAGGUUCCCACGGCUCAACUCUGUCUACACUCACGGUAUGCUAACAGCUAUUCUGAUGACACCCUGUGUUGAUCCUAGCUAUGAAGCUGUUUCGGUUAUUGAUGAGGGUCAUUUUGACAGGAUCAAGUCAAAGGGGCCCAUACCACGUAUCCGAAAGAGAUAUCCCCCGUUUCCAGCUUUUGAUGGCAGCCAUCUCAUGUCCACCACCAAAGAACCUCAACUGGGGGAAAUAGAAGGUUGUAAAGUUGCUUCCCAGCUUCUCCAAGCCCUGGUAGAGCUGGCCGACAUGAAGGUCUGUCAUGGUGAUAUAGCGGUGACAAAUUAUCUCAUGGAUCCAAAUCUGAAUGUCCAGCUGAUCGAUUUUGGAAUUAUUAACUUUUCACUUAGGAAAUCGGGCUUCGAAUCAAAUUUGGAUCACUUUAUCCCUUACCAGGAGUACCAGAUGAUGCCUGAGCGAGCCGUGGAACUAGAGAAGUACGACACCUGGAGGGACCCAUGCCGUGACGAUGUCGGUAUUGAAUCAGUCCACUUACCUAUAGAUGAACGGGAAAUCUGCUUGUGGAAAUAUUCAACUCUAGUUUACGGGUUUCUACAUGGUUUCUGGCCCUGGGAUGAGCCUGAACCAGCCCCGAGAGGCUUAGCAUGGUCUGCUGGGUAUAAUGGUUUAUAUAAUGACCCAUUCUAUCCAGCAGUCAAAGGCAGACGCAAAAGAAUGAUUAAUGAGGAUGUAGCAAUAAGUGAAUCUCUCUCACAGGACUGCAGGGAUGUGUUACAAGUCACAUUGUCUCGAGACAAAUCCGACCGUCCGUCGUUGGAAGAGUUAUCAUCAUUUCCUUGGUUCUCCCGUUGGUCUGCUGAAGAACUUGAGUCUGGUCGCCCUUUGAAAAGACCCUUUAUCAAGGAGUUCCAUGAUAAAAACCGUGAGGAUGGCCGAAGAGGUUUCCCUUGGCCGAGUAUAUCAGUGGACGAAGGUAUGUCAAUCCCCAUCCUUAAUAGCCCGGGAUACAAUUCUUCUGAUUCAUCUGUUUAUUCUUCGGAUUCUUCGGAUUAUUCUACAUAUUCUGAUGAAUCCGAUGAUUUUCAGUAUGAGGAAGUGCCCUCUUCUCAAUACGAGGAAGACUCGCCCCUUCAAGAGGUAUCACAUUGA